AUGUGUGUCAAGAAAUUCUGGGGCUACACCUGCGGGCACUGCAGUCCCUGUUUCCUAGUCAAAUGUCCCACUACGGCGCAAAACGACAAUUUUCCACCAUGUUCCAUUCCGGCCGAACAGCCGAUCUUCGCAAAUCAAUUCUGCCACGCGUGUAUGCGGGUGAAUUGGAAUAAGGGGGUGAUUGCUGAGGAGGAGGCUCAUAAGGGAAGACAUGAGAGGGGAGAGUGUGGGUGUGAGGUUGUGUUUGAUAGGGGAGAGAGGGAGAGGAGGGAGAGGGAAAGAGAGGCGAGGGAGAAGGAGGUGAAGGAGGUGAAGGAGAGGGAGGAGAGGGAGGAGAGGGAGAGGGAGGUUAGGGCUUUGAGGGAGGGGGGUGGAGAGUUGGAGGCGAGGGAGCAGAGGAGGGAGAGGGAGAUGGAGGGGAGUGGGAGUGGGAGUGGGAGUGGGAGUGCUAGUGGGAGAGAUGGAAAUGGAAGGUUUAGAGCGAGAGGUAGGGGAAAAGGUCGAGGGGCCGCUGAUGCUGCAAAUGGUGCAGGCGUUGCAAGUGCAACAGAGAAAACUGGCGAGAAGAACGGCGGCGAGGAACGUGAAGGGAAAAAAAAGCAAAUGGAAGAAUACGGAGGUGAUGCCGGCAUGAUGAGAGGAAUGAACAGCGGAUUCACGAUGGGCGCCAGCUCAUCUUCAUCAGGAUAUCACAGCCCCCGUGCUACCGAUCCCAAUUCCACUCACCGAUACCAGCAUUACGCACACAACAACAUGGGAGGUGGUCCCAUGGACAAUACUGGGCUUGGAAACAUGUUCGACGUGAACCCCAUGACAGGCAUCAUAGCAGGAUUACCUAUCUCGAAUCCACCGCCUAUAACGAGUUCCAGCGAGAUGUACGGAGAUAUGAUGAUAAUCCCGCCUUCACCCCGAAUGUCCGCCAUGGGGGUCUAUCCCAUGGGCCAUCCCAUUCUCACCAAUAGAGGAACCGACAAUCAUCCAUAUGACGUAGCAGCACUCGGUGCACUACCACCUGCAGGACCUUCCAAUUGGCAAAGUCCAGGCAUCAUGACUUCUUCCACGUAUAGCGAUGGCAAUAGUAGCAGUGUGUACGCCGGAAACCAGUCCUCUUGGAACCCCAACCCUCAUCUCAAUGCACCUAGCAUGGAUCACCGCGCAUCCUACCGUGACGGUCAAACAAGAUCUCAACAUCCCACGCUACCAGCUUUUGCAGAUCCAAAUGUCUACCAACAAUAUCGCCAGCUUGAUCCCGAUGCCCAACGUAACGCCUACAAUUACGUAGGAUAUUACUGUAUAGACCGCCCCACCGGAGGAUCACCCCAAACCCGCGCUCAAGGCCCAGUUCCCACGACCGACCCCCAAACAAACAGUGGAUUCAUCCGAGCCCCCACCAUCUCAGCACUUCCCGGUGGUACCGCCGGCGCCGGAAUGGUCUGGCACUCCUCGUAUAACUCUCAGCCACCCCUUCCACCACUUUCAGCACUCCCAAACCUUCCACCACAAAUUCCCUAUUUCGGAGAUUCGGCUCCCGCAGCUCCAAGAUACUCCAACGAGGCACUUUCUGUUUCUCGACGCCAUGCGCGCAAUAAUGCACGAAACCCUUUUCAACGAUCGAGAACUAGUCCAUCGGUUGGAACAAUUCAUAUGCAAGGAGCGAACAAUACCGGUCCGGCUCAAAUGGAUUCUCAUGCAACACCUGGAACAACUCUGGGCCAGGUUUCAAUCCAUUCUAAUGCGACGACACCGGUAACUACUCCUGGCCAGUCGCAAGUGGGUUCUGAGGAUACACCUGUAACUAUGAACAUAUCUGUUUUGCGUACACCACGGGUCAUCAGUAGUAUGCCACGACCAAACUCGACAAUGUGA